GAAAACAAGUGGGCGGAGCCGUUCGGAGUGGCGGAUUAACGCCAAUUCUUUAACGCCUCUAGAUUUAAAAUAAAGAGAAAGUGAAAGCGGAUUUUGGGUGCGUCACCCAGUCAGCCGACCCCCUAAGGGAUUCCGGUCCAAGACUGGGAGAGUUCUAUUAUCAGAAGCUGAACGUUCGAGCCUGAGGUCCAACUCGAUGGUGCCUGCACCAGGACGUGCACCUGGCUGGGUCAUUGAUGUUCCCCCUCCCUUGAUGGACGAAAAAGAGGAGAGCACACCGGGGUCUGAGUGCGAGGCGGUGGCCAACAAGAGGGGCACCAAGAGACGGCUGAAGAACCGAGACGCUGCCCGGAAGAGCCGGCAAAAACAAACAGAAAGGGCGGACGAACUCCACCAGGAGCUCCUGACUCUGGAAGCUUCGAAUUCCGCCCUGGAAAAGGAAAUCAAAGCGUUAAAAAAAGAGAUCCGUCACUACAACAGCGCCCUGGAGCGCCACCGGCCCUUUUGUGUCCUCCGAGGUUCCGUGCAGGUGGACGCCCUCCAGACUUCCACGUCUGUCACCUCCAAAGCGGAGCUUGGUGAAACCCCUCAUCCAAUGCCCUCAUCUGAUUUAGUCCCUUCUUCCCUGUUUACACACGCUCCUCAUUCGCUGUUUAGCAAUGACACCCGCAUAGAAUUGCCCUCGUCCACCUUCUCCACGCUUCACCCCGAAGACAUCCUCUCAGUCACAUCUGAAAUGUUCCCCAUUGAAGAUCCGGGAGCGCCGCCGCUCGACCCGCAUAAAUACAAGAACGCUUUAAUAUCGGCGCAGACCAACGCCGAUGGGACCUUAAAGCCGAGUCAGAUAACGCCAAGGCUCGAGUCCCUGCCGUGUUCGAUUCCCGUUCCGCCCAACACUUCACUCUUUAAGGUCAACCAAAAAAAAAAAAAGGUCGUGGUGGUCUUUUUUUGCCGUAAGUACCCGUGGAAACUACAGGAUUAUGACACGGGGCCCUCUUUACUUUCACUUGUGUUAUUUCCUUUUUUCAAAAUUUAGGGGUUACAUUCCAUGUUCAUUUGCAUAUUUAUUUAUUUAAUCUCAAUGAGUAACAUUGGCUGUCAACUGAUCCACUGAUUUCACAGUUAUUUUUUGGUGCAAUUUUCGCAAAGCAGCUAUUGUGAACUAACUAACUAAAUGAAGAGUAAUAAAAAUGGCUUGAUUAGAAAUAA